UUUGAGUCUUAACUAUCCAUUUGGUGUUGGUGUGAACGUUUCUCCAAUUGUUAACAUGCAGUUGGUUCAAUAGUUACAGAGAGACAGGAGCAAUAGGACAAAAAUGGUGAAACCCUCCAUUGAAAUCACAGAGGACUUCGCUUCCGCAGCAAAAAUUGCAGACGACAUUCCUCGGGAAGACGUAAUCAGAGUUCUGAAUUUUCUACAAGGAGUUGGGAUCUCGGACCCCGUGCCAGAUGAGUUCGAUGCUAGAAAGGAUACCUACUCCGACAUCAUUCGUGACCUCCUGAAGCCCCUUCACAUAUCCCGUGGUCGUGUCACCUGCCUCGUAUCUGUGAAACCUGCUGUCACUAAUUUCUAUUCCGGAUUUCAUGGAGGAGCAAUUGCUGCUGUUGCUGAGGCUGUGUCUGUAGCUUGUGCAAGAACCGUCGUGGCUAAUGAUAAGGAGCUUUUUCUGGGGGAACUGAGCGUUUCUUACCUCUCUAGUGCAACAAAGAAUGAAGAGGUGAUAGUUGACUCAUCUGUUGUUCGGAGUGGAAGAAAUCUGAGCGUGAUAGCUCUUGAAUUGAAACUCAAGAAAACCGGGCGCUUGGUUUACACUGCUCGUGCUACGUUCUACCAUACGCCUGUUGCAAAAUUAUGAUUCGCCUGUCAAAUAUCUCUCUAUUUGUUUACCCAAAUUUGUACCUCAUCGGCACAUUUCUAUUGCAUAUCUUGUCAAUUUUUAUGACUGUCUCCCAUGUCACAAUGUAUUGUGAUAAUAUGGACAUAAGAUCCGUAGAGAAUCUUCUUAUAUGUGAUUUUAACUGCGAAAUAGGUUAUCAUUUAAUAACAUUGGAGCUAAUUAUAUGUA